CCAUUCGCAUCAUCGUCAAAAUUCGCUUAUCAUCAAUUAAUUAAUUAAUACCAAAAAAAAUCCUCAAUUCACACGGAACUUUCUCGACCAUUAUACGUAACUAACGCAGUACCUUCUCGUUCUUUCCUUUUUCAUUUUCUCACACUUUCUCUCUCUUUCUUUCUCAUCCUUUUAUUCUCAACCGAACCUUCUAGAACCACCACAAUCCCUCUCUCUAAUCUUUCUUCAUGGCACCUCCGGUGGAAAACAACGCCGAAUCCACCACAACCACCCCUAUCUUAGAGUCUCAAAGAUCUAUUCCUACACCGUUUCUCACCAAAACCUAUAACCUCGUUGAAGAUAAAUCCAUCGACGAUGUUAUCUCAUGGAAUGAAGAUGGAUCCACCUUCAUCGUUUGGAACCCUACCGUUUUCGCUAGCAAUUUGCUUCCAAAACAUUUCAAACACAAUAAUUUCUCCAGCUUCGUUCGUCAACUCAAUACUUAUGGAUUUAGAAAAGUAGUACCUGAUCGGUGGGAAUUUUCAAACGAUUGUUUCCGAAGAGGAGAGAAACGGCUUUUAUGCGAGAUUCAACGGCGGAAGAUCUGUUCUCCGGCGGUUUCACCGUCGCCAGCGACUGUUUCUGUUUCUGCUGCUGCAACGGUGGAAACAACAACGACUGCGACAGUAGCGGUUCCUUCACCGAUGCCUAUUACUGUUAUACCUAUGGCGAUGCCGAUGGUUUCACCGUCGAACUCCGGUGAAGAACAAGUGAUAUCAUCGAGUUCAUCUCCGCCACGAGCACCGGCGGAGCUUCUCGACGAGAACGAGAGAUUGAGAAAAGAGAACGUUCUGUUGAAUAAGGAACUUGCUGAGAUGAGAUUGCUUUGUAACAAUAUAUACACUCUCAUGUCAAGUUAUGCAAACAAUAAUAGCAACGGUAAUAAUCAAUCAGACGGUGGCGCGCAAGGUAGCAGAGAAUCCGGUAUGACGGCGGUGAAGCCGUUGGAUUUGUUACCGGCGGAGUUAAAACGGAGCUCCGGCGUUGAAAUGAAUCCAAAGCUAUUCGGUGUUACGAUUGGAACGAAGCGAAUGAGAGAAAACGGUUGUGAAAAUGGCGAAAGAAUUGGAGAAGAUACACUGUUGCGGCUACAUCAACCAGUUACUACGGAUGUGAAAUCUGAGCCGUUGGAUUGUCAGGAACAACGCGAUAAUAAUGAAGAAACGUUGUGGUUGAAUCAGUGUCGUAGAAAGAAUCAGAGUUUAUGUAAAUGACACGUGGUGGAUUAGUAUAAGAGAGACCAGUUUUAAUGUUUAGAUUAGAUAGAGAUAGAGAUGAUGAGGUUGUAGGGAAUCUGAGAACUCGUGCACGCGGAGACGCACGUGUUAAUCCCGUCACGUGUGUCGUUUAACCGUAUGGUAUGGGAUUCCCAGAAGUUUCUUAUGGGAAGUCAGAAGAAAACGAUACUCUUUUGUUCUUUUUCUUUGUAUUUUUAUUUUUUUGGGUGUAUUUUAAUGGCAUUAAAUUAGAUGUGGACUUUAGAUGUAACUUUGUUGUAAUACUACUAGUGUUCAGUAUUUUAUUUGAGAGGUAUUUAUUUGAGAAA